UCGGCGGAUAAUUCGAAAGCAUAAAUUUUACGAGAAAGAGAGAUGCCGAUGACAAGCUUCAAAUCAAGGAAAUCUGACUGAUUUAAUGCGAAUGUUGAGAUGAGCGAGACAAGCUGCAAUGACGACCGCACCUGAGAGAAAGUACACUGCGCUACGGAAGAGGCUAGAUCAGCUAGGCUACCGCCAGGCCUUGGGUAUAGAGUCUGUGCCUCUUGUCGAGAAGCUGUUUAGUGACCUGAUUCACACUACAGAAAGUCUAAAGAAUGCCAAGUUACAGGCAAACAAGAGUGUAAGAGAAAAGGGGAAUUGGGAGGAUCAGAUUGAGCCAUAUCGCAGCGAGAACGCAAAGCUACACCGGGAGAAUAAUGAGCUACACUCACAACAUAUCCGGCUAAAAGAUGAGUUUGAUGCUAGAUCCAAAGACCACAAGAGCACGAUAAGGAAACUUGAGCAUGAGAAUGCAGAUCUGCGCUUUCUGAAUUCACAGUAUGUCCACAAAGUCCGAGCAAUUGAGAAGGAAUGCAAGGCAAAGAAUGAUCGUAUAGGUGACCUCCAAGAGAAAAAUUUCCAUGCUGUGGUUCAAACUCCAGGUGGCCGCAAGAAGAACAUUCCAUUUAGAAGGCAACGUAUGGAUAUUGAUUGCUCUGUCCCUCCGGCCGAUUUCUACCCCACCACCCCUUCUCCCGGAGUGGAUGAUCCCUAUGUUGCUGACCUUAUUCACGUUGCUGAUGAGAAGCUUGAUAUAAUGCAGAGAGAGGUUGAUGGUAUGAGGGACCAACAUGAAGCAGACCAAAGAGCAAUUAAGAGCCUUAGGAAACAGGUGAGUUACAUUCUUUCUUGAGUCGCCUAUUGCCACUACCCACCAAAGGUGUUUGCUGCAGGCAUUUUGUUUUAGGGUCAUUCGUCUAGUCAUUUGUUCAUCUACGCCUAUCUCAUUCUUAUUCUCACAUUGACAUAUAAACCAUUCAACAAACUCAAUUCAGAUUUGGAUCAUGCAUAUACACAUACAUGUACGUAGGAUGGGUGAUGAUUUCAUCAGGGUUAUUUUUUUUUUUUGUGGUGAGUAUCAAGGUCGAGGCUCGAAGACGUCAAGACAAGUAUGUACAAUGUCAGAGGUACAUGUACAGUACCUGGAAAUAUCUCGAAAUGGUUUGUACUUGCAAUAAUUCAUUAAAUCUAUUAAACAAAUCAGAUAUAAAGUAAGAUUAUACAUAAUUCAUACCCAUAGAAACCCUGUUUUUGUAACAAUACUUUGGUAAAUUUUGGGCAAUGAGUACUUGUCAGCCAUGAUGAACUUUCAUUAUCUGACAGUUACUGUAGUAACAAGCAGAUACCUUUGCUUCUCAGCCAAUCAAACCAAGGGAAGUUGUCUGAUCUGACGACUGGUCUGAUGACAAAUUUAUGUUGAUGAAAUGCUCCCAUGGUUAUGUAAAGUGUUCAGACUUCAAAAUUAAUGUACCAAAACACAAAUAUUUUACUCUAAUUUCAAAUCAUGAUUUUUGAGAGAGCUGGAUGAGAAGAUUAACAGAAAAACAGUUUAAUCUGUUCUGAAGUUUAGCUAUGAAUUUGUUUUUAUUAUUUGUAUGGAUUGUCAUUGUGCAGGGGAAAAAGAAAGCCUCGUUCUAAAUGUACGUACAUUGCCUUUUUCAUGAAGCAAUCGCUUGGCACUUGUUUAUCAUGCAAAUGUAACAUCUAGUUCUGUGCAAAAAUUAUGUGCUCAGUGGGGAGGUCAAAAUGCAUUUAUUUCAAUUCAGUUUUAGUUUGUGACUUGAAUAUAUCAUCCUGCUAAAAAGACCACUUCUGUGAGCCAAUCACAGUUGAAUUCUUUGAUAGUGAUGCACAUUGCACUCUGCAUGGUUUAAUAAUUGACUACCAUAUUUCAUUAUUUUUUAAUUGGUGAUUUUUUUUUUACCUGAUUGCUAAGAAAGCAUGAAUGCAUGUAAGCAAGCAACCAGAGGACCAAUGGCUUAAAGUCCUCUUUGAAUGACCUGGUACUGAGGAUUAAAGGAGAAUGAAACCUUUGGAUCAAGAUAGCUUGUGUGAAAACAGAAAAAUUCAAGAGACAGAUCAACGAAAGUUUGAGAAAAAUCGGACAAAUAAUGAGAAAGUUACGAGCAUUUGAAUAUUGCAAUCGCUAAUGCCAUGAAGAUUCUCCCAUUGGCAAUGCAACAAAGAUGUGUGAUGUCACAUGUGAACAACUUUCCCUUUGAUGGACCAUAAACUACCACCAAAAUGUUCCUUUUUGCUCUUUCUUAUGGUGAUACAAACUCUUUAUCCACGAUGUAUUCUUUAAAAAUCUGUUUACAUGCCCUCCUAUAAAAAGAAUACAUGAUCUACUUGUAGAUGUGAUAAAAGAGGCAGUUUAAGUGAAAAAUAUACUAAAGUAAUGGGGAGAGUUGUUAAAAAGUGACAUCACACACAUAUAUGUCGCAUUGCCAAUAUGAGGAUCUCCAUAGCAUUAGUGAUCACAAUAUUCAAAUGCUCAUAACUUUCUCAUUAUUUGUCUGAUUUUUCUCAAACUUUUGUAGAUCUGUUUCUUUGAUUUUUCUGUUUUCAUACAAGCUAUCUUGUUCCAAAGGUUUCAUUCACCUUUAAAUUCCCUUACCAAAGGGCACUAGCACACCAAGUGGGAAUCAAAUCCGGGUCACUGGAAUACGAAUCCCCCGCUCUACCGACUGAGCUUUGUAAUUUCUAUAUCAUCCAUCAUAUCUUUAAAAAAAUUUCAUUUGUCAGUUUAUAUCAAGAAAGUCUUCUCUUUAAUAAUUUGAGAGCCUGAGAUUGUAAGAAAGUUUCCAUGGGAGUAGGAGGUCUACUCUUAAUAAUUUGACAGCCUGAGAUUGUUUGAAAGUUUCCAUGGAAGUACAUGUAGGAGGUCAAUUCUCCUGUCAACCAGUGGUGUUUUCCUGAUAAGUUGGCCCUCUGGAAAAGCUCUCCUCUCAGAAAAUUGUCUGUCAUGUGGAGGGAGGGGAGCCAUGUUCUCAGGAAGUUCUUUGGUGGAAAUAAGUUUUCCUCUCACAGGAGUAAUUAGUUCUGAAGCUAUUCAUGAUUUAUGUAACAGUUUAGAUGAAUGUACAUAUAUACGCGCAAGUAAAAUAAGUAUGAUUGUACUCGUGCUACAUGUACACUGUAAAAUAUAUUGGGUAAAAUUUUAAUCAGCACGAGGGUAAUUAUGUGUCCAAUCAAUUUGGAGCAGUAUUUUACCCUAUACGGGAAGCAAGAUUAAAAAAUAAGCAGCAAUUACUUUAGAAUGGGCAAAUUUUCAUCAUGUUGGAUGAAUAAAAAUGCCCAAUGUUGGUCGGACACAUAAUUACCCUCAUGGAGCAUUUUUACCCAAUAUUUUUAAGAGUGUACAUGUAGGGCCUAUGUCUGUAUAAACAUGUCAUAUCACAUAAGUUUUCUUUGUUUUUCAGCAAAAUAUGUUGACAAGUUCAGUAAUGUCUAUUCAAAUUUUGUCCUCCAAGACCAAGAAUAAAAAAGAAGAUUGAUCACUG